CACAUGAUGAACUUUGCGUCAGAGCUGCGUCACUACAGAGAUGGGCGGGUCCCCUAAGUGGAAAAUGUGUCCCACCCAUUGGGGUUCGACGCUUCAUCUCAGUAGGCUUUCGCACUUCAGGAAGAGAACAGAAGCAGACUAAAACAAUGAGCUACCCAGGAUACCCCCCUCAGGCAGGCACAUAUCCACCACAACCUGGGUUUUACCCUUCACAACCAGCUGGUUACCCACCUCAGCCAGGAGUUUACCCUCCCCAAACAGGAGGCUAUCCUCCUCAGCCCGGUGCCUAUCCACCGCAGUUGGGUGGUUAUCCUCCUCAGGCUGGAGCCUACCCAACACCAUUACCCACAGGCUCGUGGGGUGGUGGCCCCUCUGGUGGAUAUCCCACCACUGCUCCUGGCAGCUAUCCCAACCCUGGAUACAAUGCAGGCGUGGCCAACCAGAUCUCUGCUGGCAUGGGGGUGUUUACUCCAAACCCAUCCAUGUUUCCCCAAGCACCUGGGGGGUACCCACCUGCACCAGGAGGGUACCCAUCUGACCCCCAUGUGGGUGGAAAUGGUGCCCUCUAUCCUAACCUACAGUCAUAUGGCGUGUACCCACAGCAGGGAGGCACCAUGCCCCAACAACAGUAUCCUGCGAUGGGCUACCCCGGCCAGCCUGGACAGACAAUGCCUGGAUACCCCCAAGCACCAUCACCCAACCCACCCAUGCCCGGCUUUGGAGGAGCACCAGCACCUAUGCCAGGAUAUCCGAAUGCCCCGUCACCUAAUCCAUCAAUGCCAGCCUAUGGAGGAGGAGCCAUGCCAGUAGUUCCACCUGUCGAUAGAGGAUUUAGGGGAACAAUCAAGGACUUCCCUGGAGCUGAUCCACUGAAAGAUGUGGAGGUCCUGAGGAAAGCUAUGAAGGGCUUUGGAACCGACGAGCAAGCCAUAAUUGACCUACUGGGCAGUCGCUCCAAUAAGCAGCGAGUACCUUUACUCCGAGCCUACAAAACAUCUUAUGGGAAGGAUCUAAUUAAAGAUCUGCAUUCGGAACUUUCUGGAGAUUUUAGGAACCUGGUCAUGGCCAUGCUGAAGAGCCCAGCUGAGUUUGACACCUCUGAACUCCACAAUGCUAUGAAGGGAGCUGGAACCGAUGAAGCCUGUCUGAUAGAGAUCUUAUCCUCGCGCUCCAAUGCUGAAAUCAGAGAAAUAAACCGGAUUUACAAAGAAACCUAUAAGAAAUCUCUGGAAGAUGCCAUUAAGAACGACACCUCAGGCCACUUCCGCCGGCUCCUGAUCUCCCUGGCUCAGGGUAAUCGAGAUGAAAGAGAGAAUGUUGAUGUGUCCCUCGCUCAACAAGACGCUCAGAUGCUGUAUGCUGCUGGAGAAAACAAACUUGGCACAGAUGAGUCCAAAUUCAAUGCCAUUCUGUGUGCAAGAAGCAAACCACAUCUCAGAACAGUGUUUUAUGAAUACCAGAAGAUGUGUGGCAGAGAUAUUGAGGGCAGCAUCAGCAGAGAGAUGUCUGGAGACCUUGAGAGUGGCAUGUUGGCCGUGGUGAAGUGCAUUAAAAACACACCAGGCUACUUUGCAUGGAGACUUCAGAAGUCCAUGAAGGGGCUUGGGACUAAAGACAGAACCCUAAUCCGGAUCAUGGUCUCCCGUUCAGAGAUGGACAUGCUGGAUAUUCGUCAGGAAUAUGUUAAAAACUAUGGAAAAUCGCUGUACAUGCACAUCCAUGCAGACACAUCAGGAGACUACAGGAAGCUGCUGAUAAAGCUCUGCGGUGGCAAUGACUGAAAAGGAGAGAUUGGCUGCAUUAGAAUAGGAGCAUUCAGGGAUAUUAACAGCAUUAAGAUGUUUCUAUGGAUGUUAUGUUUCUGGCUCCUCUGUAUGAAUUAUACCCCAACUACAUACCUGCACACCAUGCCAAUGCUUCUUUUUGUAUGAUCACAUAGCGUCACCAGUGGCAAGUUGUUUUUCUAUGUAGACCUUUUUUUUUUUUUUUUUCAUUUGCUUUAUAUUUACAGCAUUUUUAAAUUGUUUAUUACCAUGAAAGUUGAAAACUGAAAUCAAAAUUUUAGCCAUAUAUUUUUAAGAAUUUUUAUUAUUAUUAUUUUUUUGCUACUACAGAUGUGUCAUCGGGAUUAGAUGUCAAAGAAUAUCUUGAAUGUCUGUCACCUGGUUUAUUAAUUUGCAGGAAUGCUGAAGAACCAAAGUACAAGAUGAUGUUUGCAAGUGUAUAAUCUAAUCUGUAGUUUGUCUCCAGUUACAUAUUAUUGUUUACUAUAGUGGUGCCGUGUUUCCAGCUGAUACUUCAGUUUGUUCUCAAUGUGCCUGUUACUGUUUCUCGUAAAACUCAGCAUGCCAGUUAAUAAAUUGCAAGUAGAGAAAAGAAAA